AUGGAGAAAUGUAUAUGUGGUUUUUUUUUUCUUAUUAUUAUUUCUGGUCUGUUCGAAUCCAAAGCGUCAGAGUUACGGCCGUAUCAAAGUCAAUUAUUCCUCUCCGCCAUGGUGGCUAUGAUCAUGCUGCGAACACUGUACAGAGAUGCCUCCAAGUACAACCAGCUUGAAACCCAAGAAGCCCAAGAAGUGAUAGGGUGGAAGCUAGUUCAUGGGGAUGUAUUCAGGGCUCCAACCAACUCAGAUUUGUUGUGCGUAUAUGUUGGAACAGGUGUUCAGUUCUUUGGUAUGCUACUGGUGACCAUGAUUUUUGCAGUUCUCGGCUUCCUCUCUCCAUCAAACAGAGGGGGACUGUUUGGCAGCUAUUCUCCUACUUUGGGUCUUUAUCGGUUGACGGCAUUCACUUUUCCUUGUAUCGUUUCAGCUAUCUUCUUCAUCUUGAAUGCUCACUUGGGCUUGAUAAAUUGAGAAAAUUUCUCAUCUGAUAAGCUGUCCCCUUUAAUAUUUGCUCUUGUACUACUUUGGUUUGGUAUAUCCGUGCCCGUGUUUGUUGGAAGCUAUGUUGGUUUCAAGAAGCCUGCAAUCGAGGAUCCCGCGAAGCCGAACAAGAUUCCCAGGCAGAUACCAGAACAGGCUUGGUACAUGAACAGGCCAAUUUUCUCGAUACUAAAUGGUGGCAUUCUCCCUUUUGGAGCUGUUUUCAUUGAGCUCUUCUUCAUCCUUACAUCAAUCUGGCUUAAUCAGUUCUACCACUUCUUCGGGUUCCUCUUCGUUGUCUUUAUCAUUCUCAUUAUCACCUGUGCGGAGAUCACAAUCGUCCUAUGCUAUUUCCAGCUGUGCAGUGAGGAUUAUUUGUGGUGGUGGAGAUCCUACCUGACGUCUGGAUCUUCUGCUCUUCAUCUUUUCCACUAUGCAACCUUCUACUUCUUCACAAAUCUGGAGAUUACCAAGCCAGCCUCUGGAAUUCUGUACUUGGGAUAUAUGUUGAUUGCUUCUUAUGCCUUCUUUGUGCUGACAGGCACAAUUGGCUUCUGUGCAUGCGUCUGGUUUACUAGGUUGAUUUAGUCAUCAGUGAAGAUAGACUGA